ACCCGCAGAGCGCACCUUCCUCAUCAGGUCUAACGGCAUAGAGAUGCUCAAUCGCCGCGAACGCCUCUCCCGUCUCAUCAUAGAUGGCUCGUCUGCCUGUCUGGAUCUUCGCGGCGUUUCCUAAAGACUGCACAGCCGUUCGUAGGUGUUCUGCCAACAAUUGUCGCAAUGGUACCGAUCAGCAGUACAGAAGAUCGAACCUGCGCUGCGCUGCACGAAUGGCUCUACUUUUGGUUAAAGCGAAGGGCCAAAAUCAGGGUCGCAUUCCACUGAUCACCAUCCGUUUCUGUCCCGACAUUCAUCAACCUCUCACUUUCAGUUCAGAAAAGCAUCUUUUAGGCCUCAUCGCAAUCUCGCUGAAGCGACGCUUUUACGAACCCAGUGACCUCAGAGUCACUCACGCGUAAGACACGGCAGAGCCACUAGUCCGCGGGCGGACGGACACCAGGACAAUAAAAAAGUACUUCCUUCACCCUUCCGCUUGGCUCUCUUUGCUCCGAAGGCCCUUGCCAACGUGGCAGAUUGCAACAACUUGUUGGUCUCGCGGUGAGUGAUUGCCGCGCAUUGAUUGCGUGCUGACGCCCUCGACCAUCGAGUGCCAGCAUCGGCGUCCAGUGGGAUUGGAAUUUAGGCGCACGAGAAGAGCAGAAGCUAGGCUACAUACGCCAACACGCCCCCCCC